ACUAUCUCGGCGACAUAUUUAAUACUACAUCUGACCAAUAGAGCAGCACAAUGUCGAAUACCGAAGGAGAACUUCAACAAGAUGAAUCGGUACCCUGGGGCAUCAUCGUCUUCUGCAUCUUUUUCUGUCUCUUUUUCCUACUGACGAUCCUUCGUUGGACCGAUCUCCAGCUCAGCAUUUUCCGUGGUUUCAUCAACAGCGGCCGAUGGCGAGCAUACUUUGGAAUGGAAGUACCCAGACGACAUGGCCAGAGUAACUUCAAAAAUGUCGAAUUUGGGGAAGACGCUCCGUUGGUGGAGAAGGUGGUGAAAAAGGUUCGGUUCUACGACGAUACAACUACUGUUGAAGACAUUGAGGGAGUGGAAGCAAAGAGCAAUGGAGUCGACUGUGCUAACCAAAAUUAAACAAAGCGCGAAUGAGGCUUAGUACUGUGGUCUUCAUUAAGUACAUUCUCUACCUAUGUUUCAAUAUCUCCGGCUCUUCUUCAUAUCCGUUCAUGCCUGGUGCGUAAACAUCAGCUCAAUUACUGCCUUUGAGUAUCUCCAUAGGCUUCGCAAAACUCAAUUC